GGCCUUCACCUCUAUGUGAGAAACUUCAGAUAGUAACUAUAUUUAUAGACUCCCCGAUAAAUGUUUGUAGCUUCAUUUAAAUUUGGCGCCUUUGGUGACGCAACUCAACUUCGAUAAGACAAAAGUCUUGCAGGAAAGUCACUUGAAGUGUUUCUUGGUAAAGUGAAUGGUGCAAAUUUGAGUUUACCAUGGAUUUUAGUGUUCGUUUUCUAACUACAGUGAUAUGGAUGUGUACAAUGUUUCAGGUCAUAACGGCUGAAGUAUCCACAACACAUUCAGAUGCAGAAUGGGACCAAGAUUCUUUUAUAACCACUACACAGACGACACUCCACUUUAUUCAGAUGGGUAAAGGAUUACGAGAAAUCCCACUUGGCAGCCAUAACCUGGAGUCGAUCAAUUUUGGAUACAAUCGUAUUCCAUCACUUGGCCCGUAUGUCUUCUACUACAACGGAUAUCUCUCCUUAACCAAGAUAGAACUGUGCCAAAACAAGAUCUUCAAUGUCAGCCAAAACGCUUUCAAAGAGCUAAGCCAACUCAAGAUGGUGGAUCUAUCUGGAAACAACUUAACAUCUUUAGAAGUCAAUACCUUUAAAAGUAACACAAAGCUGGUAAAACUAGAUUUGUCUCAAAAUAAAAUAGGCUUUAUCCCGUUUAAGCUGUUUUUAAAUAGUGCUACACUAGAAACUUUGGUGUUAUCUAGUAAUAAAGUAGAUCAUAUUUAUGAAGCAACCUUUUCCAAGCUACCUAAGCUCAGGAAUCUGAUGUUAAAUGAUAACACCAUAUUCUUUAUAGAUCAAAAUGCAUUUACACAUCUUAGAUGUCUACAAUAUCUAUCUCUGGCGAGUACUGGAGUUUUCAGAUUGAGCGAAAAUAUGUUUAGGAACGAUUCUUACCCAAAAAUAAUCGAUUUAAGCGACACUCCAUUGGCAAAUAAGUUUGAUCCACCAUUGAAAAAAGUGAAAAACAAUGGGGUAGCAAAUUUGCUCACACUAGAUAGAUAUUUUUGAGCAUAUAAUAGGUAAGAUGAGAAUAGCAAGUGUCGAAAUUAUAGGAAGAAUUUGAUCACACUUGUAGAAUUUUUAGAUUCUUGGGAUUUAGAGACUGAGAAAACUAACAUGAAAAGGCUUUAGCAUAAAGCCGUAAUAAACAUUAGAAUGAGACCACAUAGGGCAAGCCAUGAGGGUAGAUCCAAAUGGUGCGUUCAGUUGAAAAAAUGACACAUGAAUGUUUUUGUAUGUUGUAUCGUUAUAGAUAUAAUGAAUGCUAAUAAUCUGUGAUAUACUUACAUAAAACUUGCUUGCGAUAGAGACAAUGUGAUACGUAUAUAAGUUUUCAUAUGUAACAAUAUAGACAGUGAAUCUUCUAAGUACAUAAGACUUAAAAAAAAGAAGAGAUAUUAAGUUUAGCUUCUGGUGGCGUGCGUGGUCAUAAAAAAGUACAUUUUUAAUCCAUUUUGAGAUUUCGGAAGUUUUUUAGGCAAUCUUAAGGCUGCUUUUUAGCCGGAACUGCAAGGAACUAGACUAAAAAUUUAGGUGCACUAACACUAAUUACUUAACUUAUUUGCAGUUGAACAAAUGCUGAAUAGCGAAACUGUAGAUAGCAAAUACUUGAUUUUUCGAAGAGCCUACUACGUAGAUUUUAAAAAUGGAUGGACACAAACGCAUUCUUAUAUUAAACAUUCUGAACUAAGGCUUCAAAUAAUGAGUCAUUAAGCAAUGAGGUAUUAACAAAUCGAGCAUAAGUUUACAUUCAGUUAACGUGAAGUUGAAGAUCAAAUUUAUAAUUUUACAGCUAUAAGUUUGUUGAUUUUCGUAUUUCAUUAUUUCGAUACACAAUCGCCACGGUUUACUUUUGUUGAUGUAACCUAGCUAUCUUGGAAAUAUUGACGUAAUAAACAUAAAACGAGAUUUUUUAAACUAAUAGAUAAGUAAAAAAAUGGAAUAUCCUUCAUGUAACUUUGUAGGUGCUUAGAACUUCACUGUGAACUGAAUUACAACAUAAUUUGUUAAUAUUAACAAAAUUUGUUAAUAUUACAAUUUAUUUUAUAGACUUACGUUGCAGUAUUAUAGUGAUAGUAUAGUUGCAUGUAUUUCAAUAAUAUACGGAAUCAUUGAAUAGCGCCAAUUACAAAUUUUGCCACUAUUGAGAUUUUUAGUUAAAAAAAUAUUUUCCAUGUGUUUUAUUGAACAUUGUACAACAUGAAUCUUGAUAAAACAGAAUCAGUGGGUGCAUAAAUAAUUUAUUUUAUUAGGCGAAAAAAUGAAACCAAGUCCAUAUUAAUCUGAAAUCUAAAAUAUAAUAAAUAAACAAUGCAUAAACAUUAAGCACGUGUAAACAAAAAGGUGGUGUUUUGUACAGAUAUUGAUGCUUUAAUAUAAUUAUUUACAUCAUUUCAUGUUACAGUGAAAAACUUAGUUAUGUGUUUACAUACAAGUAAAAAAUGGUAAAUCUGUGUGCAAACAAGGAUCAGAUAUUAUUUAUAAGUAGCUUUAGACCUCUAAUGAACAACAAUGUUGACGAUUAUGAUAUAGUUGUAAUAAAUAAAGCUUGCG